AGGCCAGGCUACCUCGUCCUUGCAGCGGCCCGCCCUCCUCCCUCCUUCCCGCCCGUGUCACCUGCCCUGCCCUGCCCUGCCCCCGCCCCGGGCCCGCCCCUCGCUCCUCCUUAGGCCCCACCUACACUCCGGUGCCCUCUACGGCACCCGGGCGGACCGACCCCGGCCAGAUAGAGAAUCUCAGCUCCUGCAGCCCGGGACCUCAAGCUGUCUGCUGGGAGCCCUCAGACAACGGGAAGCUCACUCCCGGCGGUCUGCUCCUCCGUCCCCAUGGCUGCCCCGGUGACCCGCCUCUGCCACAUCUCCUUGCACGUGCCCCGCGGGCAGCCCCUAGCCCGGGACCUGCAGCGCUGCUUCGGCUUCCGGCCGCUGGCCAUGCGGGAGGCGGGCGGCUGGCACCAGCUGGCCCUGCGCUGCGGAGACGCGGUGUUCUUGGUGAAUGAGCGCGCCCAGGGCCCGGGGCCCGCCUCCGACGGGCUCCUCUACGACGUGGACCCCAAGCACCCUGUGCCCACCGCCUCCAACGUGUGCUUCGAGGUGGCCGACAUACAGGGCGCCGUUGGGGCGCUGCGGGCGCUCGGCUGCCCGGUAGCCGUGGCGCCCAGGGCCGUGUCUGACGCCCAGGGCACCGUCACCUACGCCGUGGUGCGCUCCCCGGCCGGCAACCUGAUCCACACGCUGCUGGAGCGGGGCAACUAUGGGGGUCCCUUUCUGCCGGGCUUCCGGGCCUGUGGCCACCCGAAGGCCCCGGACCCCAGCGGCCUAGAAGGCUGCUUCAGCCACGUGGAUCACAUGGCGCUGGCCUGCCCGCAGGGCGCUUCCCAGACCUGGCUGCGCUGGUACCAGGACUGCCUGGGCUUCCGCUGCUUCCCCCUGGGCCCCGACGAGCAGCCCCCAGAGCAGGGCUUGCAGAUCUGGGCGGGCCAGGCAGGGGGCCUGCAGCUGACUGCCCUGCGGGCACCCCCAGGUAGCAAAGCCCCCAUGCUGGUGCUGGCCGAGUCCCUGCCUGGCCUGCCCGGGGCCCAGGACCAGAUCGAGCGGUUCUUGGCCCAGCACAGGAGCCCAGGGCUGCAGCACGUGGCACUCUACACCCGGGACAUCCUCACAGCCACCCAUCUGGUGGCUGAGGCCGGUGGCCGCCUGGUGGCCCCUCCACCCACCUACUACCAGCAGACCAACAAAGUGGCCCAGAUUGUGGCCGCUGGUGGAGAGCCGGAGAGGCUGGCCGAGCUGGGCAUCCUGCUGGACCGGGACCAGAAGCAAGGCUCUGGCACCAGUUUCCUGAUGCAGGUCUUCACCAAGCCUCUCUUCUCUGAGGAGACCUUCUUCUUGGAGCUCAUCCAAAGACAGGGCUCCUCCACCGGCUUUGGUCAAGGCAACAUCCAGGCUCUGUGGGAAGCCCUGGAGGAGUACCUGACCUCCAGCCAGGGGGCUGGGGAGCCCCGCUGAAGAAGAGCUGCCCCCCCCCUCCAGUUAGGCCUUGCUGCCCCACCUGCCCUGCAGCCACCUUGAAACCCUCUAGGGCAGCAGCCCAGCUUCCUCCCCCUGCUGCUGGCAUCCCAGGGAGAACACUUGACUUGCCCUCUUCUCACUCCCUCCUGCCUCUCACUGCCCCUUCAUGGCAAGGGGUCUGUUUUCAACUCUGGACUUAAGGCGCCCUGAGAGGACCCCUGACCUCGGCCUGCCUCACUGCCCAGGCAGGAUUGAGUCUCUGAAUUGCCUGCUCUGACAGGGCCUCCCCUUGGCCAGGUAUGACAGCAAUGACAGGGGCCAAUGCUGGUUCCUUGGAAGCUGCCCUAAAGCAAUGGGGAUGACCAGAAGUGUCCGGAAGCUUCAAAGGAGGCCUCGCCUCAUCCCCCUACCUGUCCACCCUCUACUAAUAAAGACCUUCCAAACAGCA